UUACGCUGACACGCGGCGCAGCCUUACGGACCGUAGAGUGCGCUGUGUUUAGAAAAUGGAAGUGGAAAUGGGUGAUUAGGCACAGGACGGGUCCGCAGCCGGAGGUCAUGUCGUUUGGUGGAGGAGAGCCAGGAGGCAGCACGAGGAGGACUCAAACAUUUCACUCUUUCUCAAUCGACGGGAUCCACUCCCCAACUCGGCCAGUGUAAAGUAAAAAAAAGAAACGGACAGCGUCUGUUCCCUCGACCGGCGAGAGUCAACGCCGCAGCAAGCGGAGGGGCAGGGUGUACAAUGUUUUGAACGUAAUUAAAGGCGUUAAUCUUUAAUCCAUGGAUCCGGAAUACGAGAUCGCGCAGGAGAUGAGGGCGGAGGACUGGCGGGACCUGGAGCAGCCGCUGCCGGUGAAGAUCCUCCUGACCGUGCUGUACAGCCUCAUCCUGCUGACGGGCAUCGUGGGCAACGGGGUCACCAUCAGGGUCACGCAGGUCCUGCAGAGCAAGGGCUACCUGCAGAAGAACGUGACGGACCACAUGGUGAGCCUGGCCUGCUCCGACCUCCUGGUGCUCCUCAUCGGCCUCCCCGUGGAGCUCUACAGCGCCGUCUGGUUCCCCUUCUCCCCCUCCUCCGGCAACCUGGCCUGCAAGGUGUACAACUUCCUGUUCGAGGCGUGCAGCUACGCCACCAUCCUGAACGUGGCCACCCUCAGCUUCGAGCGCUACGUGGCCAUCUGCCACCCGUUCCGCUACAAGUCCCUGUCCGGGUCGCGCACGGUCAAGCUCAUCGUCUUCGUGUGGAUCACCUCGGCCGCCGUCGCCCUGCCCCUGCUGUUCGCCACUGGGACCGAGGGCCCCGGCUCACACAACCUGACGUUCUGCACAAACCUCAGCAGCCGCUGGGUGAUGUACCGGUCCAGCAUCUUCGGGGCGUUCAUCCUGUACGUCCUGGUCCUCGUCAGCGUCGGGAUAAUGGUCAAAAACAUGAUCGCUGUCUUGCAAGGACCGAAGGAGCCGUCGGCCAAGAAAGAGGUGUUCCUGCCCAAGCACCAGAGCUCAAAGGCUAUGGCGUCUCGGAAGCAAACCAUCCUGUUUCUCGGUUUAAUCGUGGGGACCCUCGCUGUGUGCUGGAUCCCCAAUCAGAUCCGGCGCCUCAUGACCGCGGCCCUGCCCAAGACCAGCUGGACGACGCCGUACUUCAAGGCCUACCUGUACCUGCACCCGGUCGCCGACACCUUCUUCUACCUGAGCUCCGUCCUGAACCCCUUCCUGUACAACCUGUCCUCCCGCCAGUUCCGCCAGGUGUUCCUGCAGGUGCUGCGCUGUCACCUGACCAUCGAGCACGUCAACAGGAGGACGCUGGCGGGCAAGGCCGCGGCCGCCAACUCCACCCGCUCCGCCCGCCCCCUGGUCCUCCGGUCGUUCCGGCGCGCGCGUGCCACCAGCGAAGAAGAAAAGCCCGUCAGCCUCACCACGUUCCAAAGCCCCGGUGCCGCCGCCUCUUGCCCUCUGAACUCUGACGACUCGUCGAAUCCGGACCGAAGCGCUACGCAGCGUCACAACGUCGACGAGUCUGAAAUCUGAACAUAAAUGUGCUCUCGGUUCCUCCAGUGAUUUUAAACAAAAAUAUUUGUUUGGCUGCGCUGACUACAGUAUGCAAUCCAUACUGUACUCACCCUGGUCUCAGGGAAGCAGAACAGACCCCCGGGACCAGGGUUAGGACCCGCAUGAGCCUCACCCUGGUCUCGGGGAAGCAGAAUAGACCCCCAGGACCAGGGUUAGGACCCACAUGAGCCUCACCCUGGUCUCGGGGAAGCAGAAUAGACCCCCAGGACCACUUGAGGUCGCAUUUGAUUGUGGUCGCAUUUUGCAAUAUACAUGAAUAAAAUUUUUAAUCUCUUUAAAAACCAUGAUUCGAUUGGAAUGACAAAUGUCACUGUCACUACAGGAGAGGAAGCGGGUUCCCUUUUUGUUACGCCACGUGUGUAUAAUGUUACUCCAAAAGAGAGGCCUACAUAGUGCCUUUCUGAACUGCAUCGACAUUCAGCCAUCAUAAAAAAGACCAUUAGCGCUUCACAGGUUCACACACUGUGACUACAGUAGGGUUGUUGGGUUGCCGUAGUUUCUCAGAUUUCUUUUUCUGAGUUCUGAGGGAAAUAUACACCAAGGACCAGUUUGAUUGGCCAUAAAAAAACAUUUCACAUGAAGUGGCAACAAGUGCCGAUCCGUUUCAGGACUUUGUGCCAACUUUAGCGCUUACUUAAUUAGCUCAAUCACGUCUAGCUCUGACAUUUGUAUGAGCACCAGCUAUAGCCAGAGACUACAAGUGUAUCCUAAAGAUUGUACUGUGCUCAAGUACACAAGAGUGACCCAGCAUAGUUUAUAGGAUUGUCAGAAAACUAAAAUUGAGGUGGUUGGUUGGAACAAAAACCUGCACACAGAUCGGGCCUCCAGGACUGGAGUUGUAAAGACACAUGCAAGCGCUUGUAUUUUAGUGCUGCCUCCCCUGUAGUCUUUCAUGAGCUGAUCCAUUCUUCAUCCAACAGCUUAACAGUGACUUUUUUUUCUUUCUUUUUUUUUACAAUUUUACAAUGAACAAUCAUGUAACAAUAUAAUAAGACUAUAAUACAUUACAUACUUUUGCAUUUACAGUGCAUUUACAAACAUAUCAGGACAACGUAAAUGCGACCGUGAUCAGGCCUUUAAGGGUAACGAGUUGUUUCAAGAAAAUAAUGAUUUCAACAGCAUGGAACAAUUAUGGGUGCAUUUUACGCUUUGCUGAAGCAACCAAUUCAAAAUACAGAGUUCACAUUUUGAUGGGCUGGUUGAUAUCCUUUUCCCGUGGAUUUUUAUCUUUAAUUCUUAUGUCAGUACAUGGCACUGAUGAACAUUAGAAGUGAAGUGGGUUUUUGCGUGAGCAGUAAUCAGCGAUGUUUUUCUCGUGCUCCUUGGUGAGACGUAAUAACAGCAAAUGUUCCUCAGCAGUACAAAACAUCAAGUGCAAUUUGGUAAGGAAAGCAACAGAAAAUCGAUCGCCACCUUUAUACAAAGUAGAUUUUCCAGUCCAACUCAUAAACUGUUCUGUAGGUAAAACCUCACUCACAGAUCAUACAAAGGCUGUACAGCAUUCUGGUUUCUUUCAGUGAUUCAGUGAGCUACUCCAUCUCAAACUCAAACAAAACCAAGUGAGUUCCAGGUCGUAAUAAAUUAAAGCUGUCAAUCUCAAGGCUUUUAUCUUUCUCCAAAAUGAAAACGCUUCUCAGACUCGGAGAUGAUGAGGAUCAUCUGUAUUAGAAAUUGGUGCACACGGCUUCGUCUGCUAUGAAUGUUUCACUCAGUGGGAGGCAUUCACAUGACAUCUAAAAUGCCUUUCUUUACUUUAUAUUACAUUUACUGAGUUUUUACUUUUGUUAAACAGGGACCUGACUUUUGUUAAAUAAAAGUUGCCAUGAUAACUCUGAAA